AUUUCACACAUACAUUCAUUCCACCAUACAAAGAGAAAGAUAAGAUUUUUAUCAAGAAGCAAAACUACAUCACACAUAUUAUUACCUUACCUCCAUUGUGUUGAAUUCUUGAAUAGCCCAAAUUCAAGAAGUAAUCAUGUCUUGCUCAAAUUUAACAAUGUGGGUAUCUUCAAAACCAUCACUUGAUUCAUCAUCAUCAGCCCUCUCAUUCAGAUCUUUUAUCUCCCCGGUGCAAAUUCCCAGCUCAAAUCCGAACCAUUCGAACCCGAAAUCGUCUUCUUCGAUCCAAUGCAACCUUCGUGAGCUUCGUACUCGCAUCGAUUCAGUGAAGAACACACAAAAGAUCACUGAAGCAAUGAAGCUUGUGGCAGCCGCAAAGGUUAGAAGAGCACAAGAAGCAGUUGUGAAUGCGAGGCCUUUUUCUGAAACUUUAGUUGAGGUUCUGUAUAGUAUCAAUGAGCAACUUCAAACAGAAGAUGUUGAUGUCCCAUUGACUAAUGUUAGACCUGUUAAGAAGGUGGCACUUGUUGUGGUCACGGGCGACCGUGGUCUUUGUGGCGGCUUCAAUAACUUCAUCCUGAAGAAAGCCGAAGCACGAAUUAGGGAGCUCAAGACGCUUGGUCUUGAUUAUGUUGUCAUCAGCGUUGGCAAAAAGGGUAAUUCAUAUUUCAACCGGAGACCACAGAUUCCAGUAGACAAGUUUCUUGAAGGCAGCAAUCUCCCAACUGCUAAAGAAGCUCAGGCGAUUGCAGACGAUGUGUUUUCGCUCUUUGUAAGUGAAGAGGUCGAUAAAGUGGAACUCUUGUACACAAAGUUUGUAUCUUUAGUGAAGUCUGACCCUGUUAUCCAUACUCUGCUUCCAUUAUCACCUAAAGGGGAGAUUUGUGAUAUCAACGGAGUAUGUGUGGAUGCUGCUGAAGACGAGUUCUUCAGGUUGACUACUAAAGAAGGAAAGCUGACGGUGGAAAGAGACGUGGUUAGGACCGAAACCAUGGACUUCUCGCCAAUCUUGCAAUUUGAACAAGACCCUGUUCAGAUUCUUGAUGCAUUGUUGCCGCUCUAUUUGAACAGUCAAAUCUUGAGGGCUUUGCAGGAGUCAUUAGCGAGUGAGCUUGCUGCACGGAUGACUGCUAUGGGGAAUGCAACCGACAAUGCUUCCGAGUUGAAGAAGAACUUGUCACGGGUUUACAACAGAAAGCGUCAGGCCAAGAUUACUGGAGAAAUUCUCGAGAUUGUCGCUGGUGCUGAUGCAUUAGUUUGAUCAUGCAUCUUUUGUGAAUCGCAAUCAAGCAACACGAACUAAAAGGGGGAAGAAAGAACGAAGAGACAGAGAUAGAGAGAUUAGAUCUGCAAUCGGAGGUGAAGACUAAUAGAGAGAGAAGUAUGUUACAUAAUAUAUAAAUAAAUAUUAUCUUAAUCUUAAUCUUAUUAUAUACUACAUAAAGACAGUUGAACUAA